UCCUUUUGCACUAUUGAAUUUCCCUAGAAACACAAAUAAUAAUAUUUAAACUUCUAUUGUCAAACGUUAUCUUUUGAAGCAAUUUGGGAGAUCCUUAUAGUUUUUAAUUCUUAAGAAGUUUGCCUAAUGCAUUUGUAAAUAAUUUAUUAGCAGAUUUGAAGUGAGACUGACUUUAUAUAUGAUUCUUUAUGGAUAUAUACUAAUUGAUGUGAAACAUUCAGAAGUCAGAUUGGAAUGAAGGGGAGUUUGUGCAAUCUAGCAGAGGGUGUGAUGGAGCAAAUCCUUUUGAGAUUGCCGGUGGAGUCUCUGGUACAAUUCAAGUGUGCUUGCACAUGCUGGCACACUCUCAUCGACGACCCUGCGUUCAUGGUCAAGCAUCUCCGCACUUCCAACAAUAUGUCAUCGUCUUCUACAUCCUUGUUAUUCACUGAUAAAUACAAUCUCAGUGCUUUUGAAAAUGCAGAAUUCUCAAGGUUAACAAUAUACCAUGAUGAUGAUGAUGAUCAUCAUCCUGUGAUAAAUUAUGGUGUUGAUGAAGUAUGCAAGCUACCAAUUGGUAAUAAUGUGUACGUGGGGACUCAAUGUAAUGGCAUCUUUUUGAUGUGUGAAAAGUCAUUUCAAGCCAUUAAUCUGUACAAUCCCACAACCAGGAAACUUUGGCUUAUUCCCGAUGCAUGCCCCAUGGAUUGUAUUGUGCAAGCAGUGGGAUUCGGCUACGAUUCCAGAGCUAAUGAGCAUAAGGUUGUUCGGAUUACAUCGUCUAACAAUAACAAUGGCAAUAGCAGUAAAGUUUGCAGUGCUCAUAUAUACAAUCUUAGCAGUAUUAGCAAUGAUUCUUGGACAGAGAUCGAGCUGCCAAUAGAAGAUAAAGACAGUUUAUCCAUUUGUGAGUAUGGCAAUCAAGUUUACUGCAAAGGAGUUUAUUACUGGAUGACCGAUGGAAAAAUAAUUUAUUUCGACAUAAGCGAUGAGGAAUUCCAUGUAAAACCGUUGCCAAAAGAAAAUGACUUGCCGCUAGUCCGGGUACAAAAAUUGAUGUUGUGGAAUAAUGAUUUUGUUGCUUUGUUGAUCUGCUCUGGAGGCAUAUUGGAACCAUUAGAAAUUGAAAUGUGGGUAUUGAUGGAUGGUGAUGAUGGUCGUUGUUGUUGGACAAAACAUCUAUCAAUCGGGCCACUAAUCUUCUGUUACUGUCCAUUGUCGUUUUGGAAGAGUGAUGAGCUCCUUUUGGCGUAUUAUCCUCACUAUAAACCUCCAUUGAAAAUGACCUCCGACAACCUUGGUACCCGGAAGCUUAGGGCUCUUCCUAUACCUUGUUCUUCCAUUUUUGACAAUGAUGUAGAAGUAAUUCCCUUUGUAAAGAGUCUGGUUUCAUUCCGCACGACUGGUACCAAAUCUCUUUCAGCUUUACCAUGCAAACAUUUAGAAACCUGUACUAGUACCAAAGGUUGGGACAGCAAAACCACAGUGGGAUUAUUUACCUACAUUUCGAUAUUGACAUUAGGAAUUCGUUGGCUCAAGCAUAUUAAAGCCAAUCCGGUUCCCCGGAAUAAUAUAUAUCUUCAUAUGGUAUAUUGCUUUAUGAUUUCACCGUACUCACUAGAUGAUUCUUUAUGA